ACCAGCGGAGAGGAGCAGGAGGUGAAUGUGCGCUUCGUUUUGCGCAUUAUUUUGAUGUAAUCCAGUUCUUUGUGGGUUAUUUGCAUUGCGGACAGUGGAAUGAGCGGCUUUUACCACGGUUCCGUUUCCUCUGCACUAUGGGAACUGCCGUGUCCAAAAGCAAGAAUGUAAAGAAUGAUGCAGUUUCCUCUGUUGCGGCAAAAGUUAGAGCAGCUCAAGCUUUUGGAAAUUACGUGUCUCAAAACAACCCAGAGAACUGCAACGGCUCAGAUCACCUGCUGUCUGACACACUUGUUGACAAAGAUCCCGAGUCCCAGAGUGUCACCCACCUGCACAACAAUAACCAUCUGCACCCAUACUCCAAACCUGCUGCCAUAGUCAAGCACAGACAGGAUCAGCCAGAGCCAGGCACUGAGCCAGCGUCUGUACCCACCAGUGCUAAGCGUCGUCUCUCUGCAGAGCGCAGCCUCUCAUCUGAGGAUCAGCCCCAAACGCACCAGCCCCAACAGAGCUCGACCAAGCCAGCACGCGUCUACACCAUCAGCAGGGAGGGCGGCAUGCUGGCAGGCAGAGACAGCGAGGAGAGCCUGGAGCUUGAGGUCCUGAAAGGCUCUCAAUCACAAACCAACCAAAGGACAAUCCAUCGCAGUAGUCAUGCACACCAUCAUCAUUACGGAAGUGUCCCGCGGUCACAGCCACUACAGAGCUCAGGAAGUGCGCAUAACAUCCGGGACUGGGGUUCAAAAAGAUACGACUCGAAGGAGGACUGCCCCCGGCCUCCCUGUCAAAGCCAACGCUCACUCGACCUUGACACAGUGCCAAGGGACACCACCAAACAGCGCAAGAAAUUAGAAAGGAUGUACAGUGAGGAUCAGGGAUCCUCUGAGGACAGAGAUGAACAUGGCAACAACUGGUUUCCCAAAGAGAAUUUGUUCAGCUUUCAGACUGCCACCACCACCAUGCAAGCAAUAUCGGCUUUCUGUGGCAUGGCUGAGCUAAAGAGAAGGAAAAGAGAGCAGGAGGCCACCACACUAAUGGAGAGAAACUUCCGGAAGCAUCUGCGGAUGGUGGGCAGCAGGAGGAUGAAGGCGCAAUCAUACACCGAUCGCAAAGCGAAGAGCUUCAACCGCUCCUGGAGUGACCCUACGCCCAUCAAGCCCGACUCACUCCACGACUCCAGAGACAGUGGAGACCUGCAGGCAUCCUCAGGGACCUUAGAUGAAGAAGAAUAUGAUGACGUGGACUGGGAGGAAGAAAAGAAGCUAGAGCUGCUGGCCUGUGAGGGCGAGGACUUUAUCCCUCCCAAAAUUAUGCUUAUAUCAUCAAAGGUUCCUAAGGCAGAGUACGUGCCCAACAUCAUACGCAGGAAUGACCCAUCCAUCAUACCUAUCCUCUAUGACCAUGAGCAUGCAACAUUUGAUGAUAUACUUGAGGAGAUUGAGAAAAAACUCACCACCUACCGAAAAGGCUGCAAAAUCUGGAACAUGCUUAUCUACUGUCAGGGAGGACCAGGGCACCUCUACCUCCUCAAGAAUAAAGUAGCUACGUUUGCAAAAGUGGAAAAGGAGGAGGACAUGAAUCAGUUCUGGAAAAAAUUGGCCCGACUUAUGAGUUUGCUUAAUCCUGAGCCCAAUCUCAUUUAUAUUAUGGGCUGUUAUGUGCUGGGAAAUACGAAUGGAGAGAAGCUGGUGCAGAACCUCAAGCGGCUGAUGAGACCAUAUGCUGUUGAGUUUAAGAGUCCUCUGGAGCUCUCAGCACAGGGAAAGGAGAUGAUCGAGAUGUUCUUUGACUUCCGUCUGUUUCGCCUGUGGAAGAGCCGGCAACACUCUAAGCUCCACGACUACGAUGACCUUUUGUGA